AUGGAGAACCAGACACAGCUGCAUCAGUUUAUUCUUGUGGGUCUGACAAAAGACUACCAAAAGCAACUUGUUCUCUUCAUACUUUUCCUGCUGCUCUAUGUUGCCAGUUUGCUGGGCAAUGGCAUCAUUUUGGCUGUAGCACUGGUAGAGCCUCGGCUUCAUACUCCCAUGUAUUUUUUCCUAGGCAAUCUCUCCUUUCUAGACAUAUUUUACUCCACUGUUACUGUGCCAAAAAUGCUGAAUGGCUUAUUAAUAGAGAACCAAACAAUUUCAUUUAUUGGGUGCCUCACUCAACUGCACUUCUUCCACUUCCUGGGAAGUAGUGAGGCUCUGGUUUUGGGUGUUAUGGCUUUUGACCGCUGUGUGGCUAUAUGCAACCCUCUACGUUACACUGUCAUCAUGAAUAAAUGGACUUGCUUCCUCCUAGCUGGGGUUACAUGGUGUAUUGGAUUUUUUCAUUCUCUGAUGCACACAAUGGUGACUUCACAGCUAUGGUUUUGUGGUCCCAAUCAUGUCUACCACUUUUUCUGUGACAUCAAACCCCUGCUAAAAUUGACCUGUAGUAGUAUCACCCUCAAUAUCAUCCUUCUUAAUACUGUCACUGGUUCUCUUGCUCUAGCUCCCUUCUUCUUCAUUCUUCUCUCCUAUAUCUAUAUUUUCUUCUUCCUCUUCUUUAAAGUCAAGUGUUCACUAAGCCGUUGGAAAGCCUUCUCCACCUGUGCUUCCCACCUGACAGUCGUGACUGUUUUCUACAUUCCAGCUCUUUCCAAUUACAUGCUUGCCUCCGCUGGUGGGUCUUAUGAAAGAGACAUGAUUAUUACUUUGUUGUACAGUGUAGUCACUCCAGUUUUAAACCCUCUCAUCUACACUCUGAGGAAUCAGGAAGUAAAAUCAGCUCUCAAAAAUAUUCUAAGCAGAAAACUCUUCUCUGGGCAGAUAUAG